AUGCAUGUAAUCGAAACAUGCAAGUCCAUUCUUCACGGGCUUUCUUUUCUGGCCCUCGCAGCUCUCCGACAAGUGCUGCGUUAUCACAAGCUCCGCCGUCGACUUCUCCAAAUCCUCGUCCUCAUCGUGGUCCUCUGGAGUACCGCUGAUGUUAUCCUUGUCCGCCGGCAUCUCAACGAAGAGCAGACCCAUCUAGAUUAUAAGCCUCCGGAGCGCCAGCGAGUAUUCAUCGCGAGUGUUAUACGGAACAACAAACGGAGUCUUCCCGAGGGCUGGAGCGAAGCGAUCGUCGGAUUAGCUGAUGUGUUUGGGUCGGACAACAUAUUCGUUAGCAUAUGUGAGACAGGAAGCAGUGACAAUACAAAGAACUUCCUGCGCGACCUUGAUAAAGCAUUGGAAGCAAACAGAAUUGGCAGAAGGGUCAUAACCUCGGUGGCUGAACCUCGAAAUACAGCGUCACGCGACCACGACUCGGGCCAUCAUCCACCUUACAUUCCUCAGCUUCGAAACAAGUGUCUUGAGCCUCUAUAUGACCUUCGAGGUGCCGGGCUUCUCUUCGAUCGAAUUUUAUUCUUGAGUGACAUUGCCUUUACAACCGAGGACGUUUUGGCUCUUUUGGGCACGAACUAUGGCACAUAUACUGCGGCGUGCUCUUUCGAUCCUCUAAACUUUCCCGCCUAUAACGACCAAUUCGCCCUGCGGGAUGCGGACGGAUAUGAACCCCUCAUGCAAAAAUGGCCGUUCUUUCGCUCGUCUAGAUCAAGAGACGAUAUGAAAUCAAUGCUACCAGUCCGUGUCAGAAGCUGCUGGGAUGGAAUGGUUUUCAUGGCUACGGAAGCAUUCUAUUCCACCUCGUCGGUCCAAUUCCGGGGAGUGCCUGACGGGCUAGCAGAGGCUCAUCUUGAGGCAUCUGAAUGCUGUUUGAUCCAUGCCGACAAUGUACUCUCAGGGCGGAGGGGCGUGUAUCUCAACCCUUUUGUGCGGGUUGGAUCUGAAACUGCUACAAACCCGUCAACUCAUCCGAAUAGUUCGUGGCUCACCACUUGGGGGGUAAUUGAGUCGAUAUGGGAGAACCGGUUACGUCGUUGGUUCACCUUUCCAAAUUUGGCAAGGUGGCCCCUACGAAGGAAACUUUCUGGAUGGGAAUCGCAGGACGAACACCACAAAGAGCGCGGCGACUUCUGUUUGAUCAACGAACUCCAACCUACGGUGACGUAA